AUGAAGCUCGAAGCAUUGUCACAGGCUCUAUGCUUGCUCCCUGUCUUCCUUCCUCUUGCCAGUGGUGCACCAACUCGCAGGGAUGGUAACUCUCCAAUGAGAGGAACCGCGUCCUUGGCUGGUUAUUCACCUUCUGAGAAUAUCGCCACCGGAUUAAAGCCUGAUAUCAAGUAUAGCUUGUUGCCAGGACAGAAGGAAAACGCUGACAUUGGGACUUACCUCGAUUUCGAGAACGUUGAGAACCCUCAGCCAAUUCGAGGCUCUAAGGGCGGUGAUGAUCCGGGCCCUCGCAACUAUUAUUAUGAUCGAAUUAAUAGUGACAAGCUGGCACCUCCCGGAACUGACCAUGGCCAAACCAUCAACGCACAAUGGCCUUUGGGAUUGAGUCGUAACAGACUCGGAAUCGACAAUGCUGGCUGGGCUCGCCAAGAAAACACCGUAGUGAUGCCAGAUGCCACCGAGAUGGCCGGCGUUGACAUGCGACUUGAACCAGCUGCCUACCGAGAACUCCACUGGCAUCUUGCGGCCGAGUGGGCCCUUGUACUCAACGGCUCGUGCAGAAUCCAAGCCGUGAACGAACACGGCGAGACAUUCAUUGAUGAUGUGCAAGCCGGAGACGUUUGGUUCUUCCCAGCGGGCAUCCCCCACUCCAUUCAAGCUUUAGACGACGGCGUCGAGUUCCUUCUUGUCUUCGACCAGGGUGACUUCGACGAGGACAACACGUUCCUCGCCACAGAAGUCUUCCUUCACACUCCGAAAUCAGUCCUGGCCAAAAACCUAGGAACCUCCAUCUCAGCAUUCGACAAAAUCCCCGAUGACGAACUCUUCAUCUUCAAGGGCACACCAGCACCCGAGGACAUUGAGAAGCAAAACGUGACUACAUCGGCCGGGAUUAUCCCUCGUACGGAGAGCUACUCCUAUCAUUUCUCCGAGCAGCCAGCUCACGAAGUCGCCGGUGGAUCCGUUAAGAUAAUCGAUCCUCAGACGUUCCCUAUUGCCAGUAACUUCUCCGCUGCCGUUGUCACUGUGCAUCCUGGUGGUAUGCGCGAGAUUCACUGGCAUACGACUAGUGAUGAGUGGACUUUCUUCAUUAGGGGACAGGGGCGUGCAACGUUGUUCACGGCUCCCGAUGAUGCGACGACGUUCGAUUACCGCAGUGGAGACAUUGCAUACUUCCCGCAGUCUAGUAGUCACUAUGUUGAGAAUACUGGUGAUGAGGACUUGGUGUUCGUUGAAGUGCUUCAAGCGCCCCAGUUUACCGAUGUGGCCCUCGGGCAGUGGAUCGCGUCUACGCCGCGCCAGAUUGUCGCUGACACAUUGAACUUGAGCGAAAGUACCCUCAGCCAGCUCAAGACGGAGAAGCAAUACGUUGUCGCGGGCACCACCAGUGACUAG